AUGACAACGGAGGUAGUAAGCCAGGCAGGCGCUGAGCAGGGGGGGGACGCAGAAGGGGGGGUUCAGCAGUUAGAAAAAAAUGAGCAAACAAUUGAGGUCACAAACAAAGCUGAAGAGAUGAAUGAAGAUGUGCAGAAACGGUUCGAAGCUCUAAAUAACACCAUCGAAAAUAUGAACAUCCAUUUUAAUACGAUUCUAAAGGACAAUGAAGAGAAAUACAUUUUGGCAUUCAACACCUACAUGUAUGACGUACAGAAAGAAAUACGAGUUUUAAAAAAAAUUGUCAAGGAAGAAAAAAUAAGGGAGCUAAAGGACGAACGGGUGAAGAAAUUGCAAAAGGAACUUAAGUGGUACAUAAACGAGUGUCUACGAUUGGACAACGUUUCUCAGUUCUUGAAAAAGGAAGCGGAGAAGUGGAAGAGGAACAGUGAACUCAUGAAGAAUCAUAUGUUGUUUUUGGAGAAGAAGCUCGCCAAGAUGUAUGAUAAGGUGAUUCUGAAGGAAGAGACCGGGGUAGGAGCGGAAACGGGAACACACGUGAAAGAAGGGCCCUUUUACAGAAAGGAGGGAAGUGCACAAAAGAGAAAUGCUGCACCAAAAAAAGCACAGAAAAGAGACCAAUAUGGUGGAGGCACACAACUAUUUGGGGUACACAGCGAGGGCGCCAACGCCGAGUGCACACCAAAGAAUAAAGCCAAGAUGGAAGACAAAAACUCCAAGGAAUUGCAGCACAAGGUAGCCAAUUUAGAAAAGAAACUGAAGAAGCAAAUAAACAUAAAUUGCAGUUUACAAGAAAAACUUACAAAGCAUUACAUUGAAAAGUCGCAGUAUGAAAAACUGUUCAUGGAAUGUGCACAACAAAUUAAAAAAGACCUAGCGAAAUUAGCCAUAAGCAAUGACAAGGAGAAGUACGUAGAAGAAAAUUUCACGUCAUUAAUGAAUGAAGCAGAAUUGAGUUACUUUACCAAGGAGGAAAAGAAAAAGUUACUCGUGUCCUUUUUCUCCUCUAACGAUUUGAUCCAGUUUGUGAAGAAAAACGUUUUCUGUAAGGAGAGGGCGUCCUUCGAUUUGCAGACCAAAAAUAGCUACCCCACUACAACCAUCAAGUACCAGAAACGGUCUGACAUUUCGCCCUUCAUUUUGUGA